AUGUCACAGUGGGUGGGUCAGAUGUCCAAAUUGCAAGGACAUUCUGGUAGCGUUAACUUGAAUUUAAGAAUCGAGUUAUUGUGCAAUGCGAAUCAAAACAGUGAAGAACUCACAGGUCAUGAUGUUUUAAACGAGGUGGAUGUUGGUGAUAACAAUUCCUCAGCAGGGCACAUCAAGGCUCCCCUUCUGCUAGUAGAGAACAAUGAAACAGAGGAGGCUGUGCAAGGCUUGAAGAAAUGUGCCGAACAUACAGGCCUUGGAAUCAAUACUUGCUCUCCGCAUCAGAUCGCAUGGGAUGCUCCUUCUCCCAUUCAAACCAAAGAUGAAGGCGAACUUGAAGUUGAGUAG